GGGUGGUUGUUUCGGAGACGGACUGACUACGGGAGCCCAGCCGGCUCUUGCGGAAGUCCAUGCGCCAUUGGGAGGGACUCGGCGGCUGCUCUAUGCCCUUGUUGCUGAGGGCCUCUUCCUGGGUCAUUGCCGGAGCAGGAGUCGGACUGGGGCCGACACGGGGCUCCCCCGUGGCCGUCUCGGCUCCUGUGUGUUGUUUGCGCUGGCGGGAUGUGGCGAGCACGUCGGGCGGCCGUGGCCUGUGAAGUCUGCCAAUCCUUAGUGAAACACAGCUCUGGAAUACAAAGAAGCGUACCGCUCCAAAAACUACAUCUGGUUACUCGAAGUAUUUAUCGUUCACAUCAUCCUGCCCUCAAGCUUCAAAGACCUCAACUACGGACAUCAUUUCAGCAGUUCUCUACUCUAACUAACCUUUCUUUACAUAAAUUGAAACUUUCUCCAAUUAAAUAUGGCUACCAGCCCCACAGGAACUUUUGGCCAGCAAGGUUAGCUGCAAGGCUCUUGAAACUUCGCUAUAUUGUACUGGGAUCUGCUGUCGGAGGUGGCUAUACAGCCAAAAAAACCUUCGAUGAAUGGAAAGAUAUGAUACCAGACCUUAGUGACUAUAAGUGGAUUGUGCCUGACUUUAUAUGGGAAAUUGAUGAGUAUAUUGAUUUGGAGAAAAUUAGAAAAGCCCUUCCCAGUUCAGAAGACCUUGCCGAUCUAGCUCCCGACCUGGACAAGAUUGCGGAAAGCCUCAGUCUGUUGAAGGGCUUCUUCACUGCAGGUCCCAAAUUGGUUAGUGAAGUCAUAGAAGCUUCUGAGCCACUUCUCUUGUUAGGUUCACCUGGAGAAACGGCAUUUCGAGCCACAGAUCAUGGAUCCGAAAGUGACAAGCAUUAUCGGAAGGGUCUGCUUGGUGAGCUCAUUCUCUUACAACAGCAAAUUCAAGAGCACGAAGAGGAAGCACGCAGAGCCGCUGGCCAGUAUAGCACGAGCUAUGCCCAACAGAAGCGCAAGGUGUCAGACAAAGAAAAGAUCGACCAACUCCAAGAAGAACUUCUGCAUACACAGUUAAAGUAUCAGAGGAUCUUGGAGCGUCUGGAGAAGGAGAACAAAGAGCUGAGGAAGUUGGUACUGCAGAAGGAUGACAAAGGCAUCCACCACAGGAAGCUCAAGAAAUCUUUGAUUGAUAUGUAUUCUGAAGUUCUUGAUGUUCUUUCUGAUUAUGAUGCCAGUUACAAUACACAAGAUCAUCUGCCACGGGUUGUUGUGGUCGGAGAUCAGAGUGCUGGCAAAACAAGUGUGCUGGAGAUGAUUGCUCAAGCACGGAUAUUCCCGCGUGGGUCCGGCGAGAUGAUGACGCGCUCUCCAGUGAAGGUGACUCUCAGUGAAGGCCCUCACCAUGUGGCCUUGUUUAAAGAUAGCUCUCGGGAAUUUGAUCUCACCAAGGAGGAAGAUCUUGCAGCAUUAAGACAUGAAAUUGAACUCCGGAUGAGGAAAAAUGUGAAAGAAGGCUGUACUGUUAGCCCUGAGACCAUAUCCUUAAAUGUCAAAGGCCCUGGGCUACAGAGGAUGGUGCUCGUGGACUUACCUGGCGUCAUUAACACCGUGACAUCAGGCAUGGCUCCCGACACAAAGGAAACUAUUUUCAGUAUCAGCAAAGCUUACAUGCAGAAUCCUAACGCCAUCAUCCUGUGCAUCCAAGAUGGAUCUGUAGAUGCUGAGCGCAGUAUUGUUACAGAUUUGGUCAGCCAGAUGGAUCCUCAUGGAAGAAGAACCAUAUUUGUUUUGACCAAAGUAGACCUGGCAGAAAAAAAUGUAGCCAGUCCAAGCAGGAUACAACAGAUAAUUGAAGGCAAGCUCUUUCCCAUGAAAGCUCUGGGUUAUUUUGCUGUCGUAACAGGAAAAGGAAACAGCUCUGAAAGCAUUGAAGCUAUAAGAGAAUAUGAAGAGGAAUUUUUUCAGAAUUCAAAACUGCUAAAGACAAGCAUGCUAAAGGCACACCAGGUCACCACAAGAAAUCUAAGCCUUGCUGUGUCAGACUGCUUUUGGAAAAUGGUUCGAGAGUCGGUUGAACAACAGGCUGAUAGUUUUAAAGCAACACGCUUUAACCUAGAGACGGAGUGGAAGAAUAACUACCCUCGCCUGCGAGAGCUGGACAGGAAUGAACUGUUUGAAAAAGCUAAAAAUGAGAUCCUCGAUGAAGUCAUCAGUCUGAGCCAGGUCACUCCGAAGCACUGGGAGGAGAUCCUUCAGCAGUCCCUGUGGGAACGCGUGUCAACGCAUGUGAUUGAGAACAUCUACCUUCCGGCUGCCCAGACCAUGAAUUCAGGAACAUUUAACACCACAGUGGAUAUCAAGCUUAAACAGUGGACUGACAAACAGCUUCCUAAUAAAGCAGUCGAGGUUGCUUGGGAGACCCUACAAGAGGAAUUUUCCCGCUUCAUGACAGAACCCAAAGGAAAGGAACAUGAUGACAUAUUUGACAAACUUAAGGAGGCUGUGAAGGAGGAGAGUAUCAAGCGGCACAAGUGGAACGACUUUGCAGAGGAUAGCCUGAGGGUCAUUCAGCACAAUGCUUUGGAAGACCGAUCCAUAUCAGAUAAGCAACAGUGGGAUGCAGCCAUUUACUUCAUGGAAGAGGCUCUUCAAGGUCGUCUCAAGGAUACUGAAAAUGCCAUUGAAAACAUGAUCGGGCCAGACUGGAAAAAGAGGUGGAUGUACUGGAAGAAUCGGACCCAAGAGCAGUGUGUUCACAAUGAAACCAAGAAUGAAUUGGAAAAGAUGCUGAAGGUUAAUGAUGAGCACCCAGCCUAUCUUGCCAGUGAUGAGAUUACCACAGUCCGGAAGAACCUGGAAUCUCGAGGAGUCGAAGUCGAUCCAAGCCUGAUUAAGGAUACUUGGCAUCAAGUUUACAGAAGACAUUUCUUAAAAACAGCUCUAAAUCAUUGUAACCUUUGUCGCAGAGGUUUUUAUUACUACCAGAGGCAUUUUAUAGAUUCUGAGCUGGAAUGCAAUGAUGUGGUCCUGUUUUGGCGAAUACAGCGCAUGCUCGCUAUCACUGCCAAUACAUUGAGGCAGCAGCUCACAAACACUGAAGUUAGGCGACUAGAGAAAAAUGUUAAAGAGGUAUUAGAAGAUUUUGCUGAAGACGGUGAGAAGAAGGUUAAGUUGCUCACUGGCAAGCGAGUUCAGCUGGCAGAAGACCUCAAGAAAGUUAGAGAAAUUCAAGAGAAACUUGAUGCUUUCAUUGAAGCUCUUCACCAGGAGAAGUAGACUGUGUCACAAUCCUGCUCAUAACAUACUCACGUCUGCAUUCAUUUGAAGAAUGAAAACUUCCGUCUUUUGUCCUGCCUCCUCUUCUGUUCUACCCUUUUCAGUGCAAAAUAAAGUCACAGGGUAAAAGUAACAUUCGUGUGUUAAGGCACUUGACCCGCAGCUGCCUUUGAGCCAGGAGCACCGGACGUGGCCAGCCCAUUCUGUGUGCGCCCCACCCGUGCUGAAGGCAAACACGUGCUGACGGCAAACACUGGGGACGUAACUGGCGUGGCCGCGGGGCGUAGUCCUCAAAGAAAGGAAGUUGUUCUCUUGAGUCUUCUUUGUGGCACUGUUGUGAUUCAUUAUGGGUGGUAUCAGACAUACAGUGGUAGCUGCUUUGCAAUAAAAUUUAUGGUAAUUUUUUAAAAGGCAUCAACGGUUACUGCUAAGCCGUCAUCGCGUCUGCAGGGUUCUCUAUCCAGGAAGGAGCUGCUUUAUAACAGAAUGCUUCAGCUGGGUUAAUUUGUGUUGGACAGUUCAGUGUAUAUUCAGGGAAAGAGACAUCACCCUCCAUUGCCAGCUUAGGAACUCGCCAUGGAAGCAACCGCAGCAGCGAACAAUCGAUUGCUGCUUUUGCACUCAGUAGUUGUUUGCAGUUAGUUCAUUUUUGAUAUUGUGUGCUCUUGACCAGGCUCUCUGGAACAGCAGGUCUCUCCUGUUGACAGCCAUUGAAUUAUGACCCAAGCUAGAGAAAACUAAAGGUCACUAGUUGACAAAUUUCAUUUAGAGUACUAUCAAAUGUCUGAACUAGGCAUCAGGGAAAGUCUAUACAACAGCCCUCAAAUACUAUUUUAAAUAAAAUGUAUUCUAACAAGGGAAGAAUGCUGACCCACUCCCUUCUUAAAGCUGAAAAAUAAUGUUUAAUUCAUUGCAGUUCAGUUAUAACCUUUAUAAUAUUUUCAUGUGCUUUAUAUAAAAUUAUAUUGGUUAAAAAACCUCAAAACAAAUACUCCAUAUUUACUUCAAAUGUCUUUUUCAUCUGCUACCUUUUUUAUUGAGGUUUUAUUGUAAUGGUAAAAACAUCCAGGGUUGCAGUUCUUAUUUACAGUUAAUUUUAUAACCAGUUUCCUUGGAACUGUUUUUGUUUCUGAUUCCCUCAAAUCUGACAAGAUGGAAGGGACAGUGUUUCGGAAACCAUGAAUUCAAUACUCUGUUUAAAUUAUCAAUAAAAAGCUUAGGUACAAUUCUCAGAGCUAUGAGCAGUUCCCAUCACUCCCUAGGAUGAGUACUCAAGUUGUAGUAGGUGUAGUCAGGGGUGAACAGAAGCUCUGGAGAGCCCUGCGCUGAUUCACACAGCCAUUAGGACAUGCUCCCCUAAGCCAGUGGUUCUCAACCUGUGGGCCGAGAGCCCUUGGAGGGUCCUUAUCAGAUAAUUACAUAGCAGAAUUACAGCCAUGAAGUAACAACAAAAUGAUGUUAUACAUGGGGGUCACCACAGCAUGAGGAACUGUGUCAAAGGAUCAUAGCAUUAGGAAGGUUAAGAGCCUCUGCCCUAAGCCCUCCUAGCCUGGGGUGGAGAGGCCGAGGCCAGCAGGAGAAAUCUGCAGCUUUCUCCCAAGCAAAAGUCUUAGGUUGGGCCCAUAACUCUUUAUACUUUGUUUUUCUUUUUCCUCCCCUGUCUCCAGUAGAAGAGAACUUUUAUUUCUUUGAGGGGAUCAAAAUUUGUAACUUCUACUUAAAAGUACAUUACCAAAAAUCCCUGUCAAUCUUUACCCCGUGGGUUAUCUGUGACCUGAUUUCAUGCUAACUGCCCCCCACACCCUGAAAGCUAGGUGUUUAUGAGAUGCACAAAUUAUGGGAAGGAUAACAUUCAGUCCCAGCAGUAGACCUGUGUAUUCAUGCCUGUAGUUCAGGAGCUCAGUGCACAUACGUUAACGCUGACUGGACAAGAAACCAUUUGCAAAGAAUGGACUAGAUGAAUAUUUUUUAAGACAAACUUUUAUUUGAAGAACUAAGGGAUUUUAAGUAGAUCAUAAGCAAAAUGACUUGGUCAAAAUGUCAGUUAUAAACCCCCAGUCUGUUGCAGCAUGAAGCUCGGAGCAAGCGUGCAGCUUUGCCACCUGCCAGCCAGCUGCAGUUAGGUACAGGCGAGACAGUCUGGGCCUUGCUCUUGGUCUCUCCUCCUCGUCGGCUAUAGUCAGUGGACUCCAAGACUUCUCAGUGACCAAAUGGAAAGGGAUGCUGUGAAUGCCGGUGAGACGUUCUAACUGCAGGAGUGGAAAGCCACAUGCAGGGUCCUGGUGGCAGAGGCAGGACAGUCACGAGCUAAAGGCAAGCCCGAGCUGUACAGGGCCACCUGUCUCCAGAUCAAACAAAGUUAAGAGUGUAGGCUCAGAAGGCAAACUUCUUAUCUAGUUAAUUUUGUAUUUAUUUAUUUCAGAUGUAUUUAUCUGAUAAAAGAAAUGUUUUUCUUUCCAAUAAAUGAGAUCAUGGUACUAGUGUGUCUCCAUCCUCUACGCUGGUAUAUGGUAGACUCUCUUACACUGUAGCAAAUGGAAAUGUGCUUGAAAAUAUGCUUACCUUCUAAACAAUCAUGGCUAUUUGAUAUCUAAUUAUUUAAAACGUAACCAUGUCUUCACUGUGCACUGUGAAUGGACUUUGUAUUAUUUUUAAACCUUACACUCGAUGUAAAUGUUAUUACCACUUAUAUUUGCCUGUGCUUGAUCUAAGGUCAUUUGUGUAGAUGGGUAAUUAAAGGAUACUGAAGUGAUAUUAUAAUUCUA